AUGAACAUGGAACUGUGCCUGGUGUGCGGCGACAGAGCCUCCGGCUACCACUAUAAUGCGCUCACCUGUGAAGGAUGCAAAGGGUUCUUCAGGCGGAGUGUUACCAAAAAUGCAGUUUACAUAUGUAAGUUCGGACACGCGUGUGAAAUGGACAUGUACAUGCGACGUAAGUGUCAAGAGUGCCGGCUGAAGAAGUGUUUGGCGGUGGGCAUGCGACCUGAGUGCGUGGUGCCUGAGACCCAGUGCGCUAUGAAGAGGAAGGAAAAGAAAGCGCAGCGGGAAAAGGACAAACUGCCUGUCAGUACGACCACAGUUGACGACCACAUGCCCCCUAUUAUGCAGUGCGACCCACCUCCACCAGAAGCUGCUAGGAUUCACGACUUGGUACCGCGGUUCCUUCCGGACAAGUUGCUGGAGCAGAACAGGUUGAAGAACAUCCCGGCGCUCACCACCAACCAGCAGUUCCUCAUCGCGAGGCUCGUCUGGUACCAGGACGGGUACGAGCAGCCUUCCGAAGAGGAUCUGAAGCGGGUCACGGAAACGUGGCAGCAUAAUGACGAGGAUGAGGAACAGUCAGACCUGCCCUUCCGCCAGAUCACAGAGAUGACGAUCCUCACAGUGCAGCUGAUCGUGGAGUUCGCUAAGGGCUUGCCGGGCUUCGCCAAGAUCUCACAGCCUGAUCAAAUUACAUUAUUAAAGGCGUGUUCGAGCGAGGUGAUGAUGUUGCGCGUGGCGCGGCGCUACGACCCCGACACGGACAGCGUGCUGUUCGCCAACAACAAGGCGUACACGCGCGACAACUACCGCAAGGCCGGCAUGGCCUACGUCAUCGAGGACCUGCUGCACUUCUGCCGCUGCAUCUACACCAUGUCGCUCGACAACGUGCACUACGCCCUCCUCACCGCCAUCGUUAUAUUCUCCGGUCAGCUUAUAAACUUACUUGUACAAGAUACUAAAGAACUUGGGAUUUAAUGUCGAUAGGUGUUUCUAAACGAAU